AUGGAGUCCAAUCGCGCAAAAGAAAGGAAACUGGAAGAUGAGACGAGAAAUCUGAUAGCUCGUCUGCCAAAUGAAAUAGCACUUGACAUAGUUUCUAGGCUUCCUAUUUCGUCUCUCAUUCAGUUCAGGUUUGUAUGCCAAACCUGGAACAUGUUGACCCGUGAUUCCCGCCUUGUUGAUAUGCAUCUGUCUCGUGCAUCAAAGAUUAACCCAUGCCUCAUCUUUAAGACUUACCAUCCUCAAAAAGAGCAGCUUUUCUUUGUUGAACUGUCUGAUCGUCAUGAUGAUGAACACACAUUGAGAGAGAUUCAGAUUCCCUUUUCGACAUCCAUGGGCAAAUUUCGAAUAGUAGACUCAUGUAACGGUCUGCUAUGUCUAUCUGGUGUCUAUGACCACGAAGAAGCAUACAUAUACAAUCCUUUCAACCGAGAACACAAAAAGCUGCCAAACUGUAAUGAGCUUGAUGUGAAUGAAGUGGUUUAUGGUUUUGGAUUUCAUCCUGUUACUAAUGUCUAUUAUGCAACUUGGUCUCCCGGAAAUAUAAACAAGCAUGAUCUUCUAUCAUGGAGAAAUUUAGGGGAAUUACCUAACAAACUUCAUCAUUCACCUGGGGUUUUAGUCGGUGGAAGGCUCCUUGAUCGCCUUAUCAAGUUAUAA